GACCAGUGCUAUGUCGGCAUGGCAAAGCCUGAGGGAGGAUCGGGCUCGGGCUCCUUCCACCAUGAUGGAUCUUCCUACCACCACGGCGGCUCCUACUAUCAUGAUGGCUCCUACUACUACGGCCUGGGCCCCUCCUUUGAGACCGGCCCUUCCUACGCCCACUCUUAUGGAGGCGCCUACCAUGAUGGUGGCCUCUAUCACGGUGGCUCCUAUCAUGGGGGCUCUUCCUACACCAUGGGAGGUCAUGGGGGCUCUUCGUACACCAUGGGAGGUCAUGGUGGCGCCUCCUACACCACGGGAGGCUCCUACCACCACGGUGGCUCCUCAUACUACCAGCAUGGUGGCCACUACUCCUACCACUCUUCCGGUGGCCACUCGUACAAACUCGGAGGCCACUACAAGAUGCGCGGUUCCUACGGCGCGCAUCACAUUCCAGCGUGCGCGGGCGCUGACCACCGAUGCCCAGCAGAGUGGCUCUCCGGAGCAACAGGAGGGUUCCACU